CUAUAAUAGAAUCCAUUGAUGCUGAUUUCUUUGAGACACGAUUUCCAUUUAAAACGAGAAAUAGUGGGGGUAAUGUACUACCCGCUAUUAGAGAUAACGGAACUAGUGGGGGUGUUGGUUCUGAGGAUGAACUCAGAAGAAGUAAAAGAGCUAGAAUCUCUAAAGAUUUUGGUGAUGACUUUACUACAGUAUUCACCCUCGAAGAUACAAAAAGUUUGCAGGAAGCAUUAACUUCCGUAGAUGCAGAUUUUUGGAAUGAGGCCGUUAUAGAUGAAAUGGAAUCGUUAGAAGCUAAUAAGACUUGGCAUCUAACAGACUUACCUCCUGGCUUCAAAGUCUUAGGUAAUAAAUGGGUUCUAAAAACGAAACGGAAACCUGAUGGUGAAAUCGAAAGGUUCCGAGCUCGCCUAGUAGUUAAGGGCUACAGGAGGAGAGAGAAUAUAGAUUUCUUUGAUACCUAUUCACCAGUAUCUAGAAUAACAUCCAUUCGUGUAAUGAUUGCUCUUGCUGCCUUGAACAAUCUCGUGGUACACCAAAUGGAUGUUAAGACCGCUUUUUUGAACGGUGAUCUGGAUGAAGAAAUCUAUAUGGAACAACCAGAAGGGUUUGUUAUCCCCGAACAUGCCUCGAAAGUCUGUAAGUUAGACAAAUCAUUAUAUGGUUUGAAACAGGCUCCAAAACAGUGGCAUGAGAAGUUUGACACUCUCGUUCUCUCACAUGGCUUUAAGGUGAAUGAAAGUGACAAGUGUAUUUACUGCAAGUCAGAAAAUAACACUUGUACUAUCAUAUGUUUGUAUGUAGAUGACAUGUUGAUAUUUGGUACAAAUAUUCACGUGGUCAAUGAAGCAAAAGCCAUGUUGAAAGAUAGCUUUGAAGUGAAAGAUCUGGGAGAAGCAAAGUUUAUGCUUGGAAUCCAGAUAACUAGAACAGCAAAUGGUUAUUCUCUAGAUCAAUCUAGCUACAUAGAGAAGAUCUUGAAGAAAUAUAACUAUUUCAACUGUAACCUGCGUGUACUCCGUAUGAUGCUAGUGUAAAGCUAUUUAAGAACACUGGAGACAGUGUAAGACAAUCAGAAUAUGCUAGCAUCAUUGGCAGUUUCCGUUAUGCUGCGGAUUACACUCGACCAGACAUUGCAUAUGUCGUGGGAUUGCUUGGCAGGUUUAACAGCUGUCCUAGUAGAGAGCAUUGGAAUGCUAUAGAGAGGGUCAUGAGAUACCUCAAGAGAACAGCAAACCUUGGAAUACACUAUCAAAGGUUUCCUGCUGUACUAGAAGGGUAUAGUGAUGCGAAUUGGAAUACCCUAUCAGAUGACUCCAAGGCAACCAGCGGGUAUGUUUUCAACAUCGCUGGUGGAGCUGUGUCUUGGAAGUCAAAGAAACAAACAAUCCUAGCUCAAUCAACUAUGGAAUCAGAGAUGAUAGCAUUAGAAACGGCUAGUGAAGAAGCAAGUUGGUUGAGAGGAUUGUUGUCAGAGAUUCCCCUAUGGGAAAGGUCGGUCCCUCCGGUAUUGAUCCAUUGUGAUAGUACCGCAGCUAUCUCUAAAGUUGAGAACCGGUUCUAUAACGGAAAGAAACGACAGAUUCGUCGUAAGCACAGUACUGUAAGAGAACUCCUAACGAUAGGAGCAGUGAGGGUGGAUCAUAUAAGAUCCGAACAGAAUCUAGCUGAUCCUUUGACGAAAGGAUUACCUAGAGAGAAAGUCCAGAAUACCGCCAAGGGUAUGAGACUUAUGCCUACCGAACCACGGACUACAAGUGAUGGUAACCCGACCCAAUAGACUGGAGAUCCCAAGAAAUGGGUUCAAUGGGUAAUAACAAGUCAUGAGUAGUAUGCGAAAAGUUCAUGCAUAGUGAAGCAUGAAUCCCAAAGCAAUGGAGGUUGAGUUAAUAACUCUUAAUGAGAUCUAUACCCUAUGUGGGGUGGAGUACUUUACUUUGGGGGUACUCCUGAUAGACUCACCUAUGUGAAUGUGGGAGUGGGGCCGCUCCCUAUGGAACUUUGGAGGCACAAAGUUGCUAGAGCGUUCACUAAACCAGGGUAACGUGCAUGGUCAUAAACGCACAGGCUAUGAAGAGAACACAACUCAAUGAAAAGAUCCGGUGUGCUACACUGUCUGAGAUAGGGUUCAAAACUACGAGUCACCCUUAUGAAAUCGGAAGUGUAACCACUACGCUAAGGUUCAAAUCUUCGCGAUACCUUAGCUUAUGCCCGAUCUUAUGGAACUGUUAAUGCUCAGAGAUAGUUUCAAAACUAUUCAAGUGGGGGAUUGUUGGAAAUGUAUAUGAAUAGCUUUGAAAGCUAUAGAGUCUCAAGUGGAAAAACUACCACAUUGGUAGUUUUACUUGGUGAAAUGGGUAUAAAGAUAGGAGCCUCUCUCCCAAGGGCAUUGCCCCUUGGGGUGACCCACUUUUGUGGGAGAGGGAGGACCUAACGGACCACCACACAUACGCGCGAGCGCGCCGUCCGUUCGACCGGUCGGUUGGUUGGUUCACUUGAGACUACAUAUAUAUUUUUUACAGAAAUUCCGAACGAAAUUAAUUAUCUAAUAAUUAAUUAUUAAUCGGUUAUUCUGAGGAAUAUUCUAAGGGAUAAUCGACUGAAAAGGAAUAUUCGAAGGAUAAUCCCUCCGGGUUUAUCUUAACCGACGGUUUUAAUUAAGGAAGUAAUUAUCUUCCUUAAUUAAUCCGACUUAUUCCCCAAGCAAGAGGGUAUAUUCCUAGGGGUUCGGCUCCUAUAAAUAGCCGCCUCCCCAGCCCCUCUAAAAUGAUCACAACGAGCAGAAACACAAUAGAGAGAGUGUUUAGAGAGCUUCGGUUUUCGCACAAAACCGCGAGUAUUGAGAGGAGCUGUUUUAUCCUGGAGACGACCGGUUGAUAGUCUGCCGUGCGCAUCGAAGGCAGUGCCGCGAACGUUUUAAAGAGAGCGACCUAGUCCGCGACUCAGCUCCAGAUUCGAUAACCUCGUUCCUUUUGUUGUUCCGUUCCUAACAUAAUCAAGCCGCAAAGCAACUUCGUAGAGAUAGGGGUAGGGCUUUCAUGUCAUCAUAAUUUCUCUGAGUGCAACUUACGUUAUAGGCUCUUUGCGAGUGAUAGUACAGUUUUCCAUAUUCAAUACGUAGGCACCAAAUUCAUCCAAUAUUCUAAAUUUAAAUGACAUCCAAAUUAAAAAUCGGUUAAAACAACAUCCAAACAAACGCUCCUAUAAAUUAUUAUUCUUCUUCACCUUAACAAAUUUCAGUUUCACUCCAUAUUAAAAAAAUUAGAGUUGAACGAAAUAACAAACGCCGCUUGAUUAACUUGCAUGUGUUCCCAUUCUAUUGGGAGUACGUUCAUCACCUUUCGGUUCCCCAGACCACCUUCCGGCAUUUCUGCAUGGGGUGAAUUGUUGACGGCGUAAAUUUGGGGUUCGGUUUUGCAAAAAGUCCGGUGCAGGAAGAUGGGGGAGGGGAAGCCACGAAAGCACUUGGAGCCUGGAGGUUUCGCCUGUUUUGGAGAGAACCACUCGACCGUCAGGAUAAUUUUUUUAAAUCGACGACGACAUAGAUCAUUUAAAAGUGUCAGAUAGGAGGAUGGAUUUGGAUAUUGCAUUAUGGGCUCUGGGCAACGAUGAAAUGUGAUCCAGUUUUGUGGGGAAGGGGAGAUAAAAACAAAAUGAGACAAUUCGGGGUGGUUUGGAAGUUGCGAUUGUUAAAUAGAUGUAUUGUUGAGAAUGUAUGUAUAAUAUUAUACAUGUAUUGUCGAAUUUGAUGCAUUGUAGAAUACAACGUUUGGUAUGUGUGAUUGUGUAUGUCGCAUCAGCUAAAAGCUGAGACAAAACAAUCUCAAAUCAACUAUCUCAACAAUAACAACUAAAAGUUGAGAUAUAACAAUCACUCAAAAUGAGUGAUAGUUUCUGUCACAUCACAGAAAUAAUCCAUGUAUUGUUUCUGCUAAAAAAACGAUGCAUUGUAAACAAUACAUGCAUAAUGACAAUCUCAACAAAACAAUCGCAACUUCCAAACGACCCUCGUUAUUUGCGUGAGAGUAAGGGGUAUCUGUAAUUGUGAGUGUAGUAUUUAUAGAAUAUAUGCAUUGUCCAUAA